AUGUUGCUUGAAAAGACGGCAGCCGCGUCGAGGCAGACGUCAGAAGAACAGAUGACCAAAUUUCAAUCAACACAGCUUCCUGACAAUGAACGACCCUUGACCUGCAUGUUCUUCUUCUUCGCCUCUCAAAUGAAGAGAAACAUGCAGCCCGCAGACCCUGACCUGGUUCGUCGAGGGAAAAUGCCCGAUCAAUCAACGCAUCAAUUAGACACAAUGCUGGCGCGCGUACGCAUGUAUGCCGCACACUCGCCGCUGAUAUCCAAGUUCGAGACUUUUUCAGUUGAGAUACCUGAAACAGUAUUUCAAGAUUCAACGUCAACGUCGACGUUUUCGCGCGAUGAGAUCCAUGACACCGUCAUGAUGCUCAAAUUCCGGGACCGAAGGGCCAGGGAGCAGUGGAUUGCAACUCGGGAGUGGCAGGAAUUCAUGCGUGAUACUGAGAGGAAGCAUGUAUUUCGCCAAAUGCCACAUGUCCGGUGUGCGAGUAGUCUCAGAGGAUUGAUGGAUCCUUGGGACAGUCUGACUGCUUGA